AGAGAGAAAGGCGAUCGAUCCAGAACCAGAACCGCGCUAGCUUCUUCUUUCUUCUUCGUCUUCUUCAUCAGCAAGCAGCUUUCGAUACUACUGUAAAUGAGGAUCAGGAAGCUUGCGAAACUCCAUGGAUUCACUUUCUGCAACAACAACAAUGCUGUUUCCAAAACUGACUCUAUCUCUCCGCCUGCUUCUUCUCCUUCUCCGGUUCCAUUUCUUCAAUCACACAUAUGUCACCUCAAUCAAUCUCCAUGGGACGUAGCCACCUUCUCUCCUCCCGAAUCUCCUUCUUCUCCUUUCCAGGUCGACGGCGAUGAGAGUAACACUGUUGAUUCAACCGGAGCUAUUGAAAGUGUAUCUGUAUCGUCUAUGAACAAUAUUGAGAUAAAUAAUGAUUAUAAUAGAGACUUGCAACUGCAACCGGAACCGGAACCACCGGGAAAGGGAAACCGGCGACAUGAGACGGCGGCGAUGAAUCCAGCUGCUGCGGAGAGCUCAACCGCUGGGAGACGAACGAAGAAUUCAUACGAUUUCUAUUAUUACUCGGGAUUCGGACCUCGGUGGGGUAAGAGGAGAGGAUUGAGAAAUGAAAAUGGAAAAUCGAUUGGAAUUAUGGAGGCGGCGGCGGUGGUUGAAGAUGAUGUAAUCGCGGCCGCUGGAGAGCAAUUGGAUUACGUGGAGUUGGAUGAAGACGAUGAUGAUUAUAAUGGAGUGAAGAUGAAGAUGAAGAAGAAGAAGAGAGGAAGAAAGCCAAUCAAAGCUAGGUCACUCAAAUCCUUGAUGUGAUCAAAGGAAGAAGACAACAAUGGAGUUCCUCCUGUAAGGUUAAUCUCUCUAUCUCUCUCUCUUCUGGUUUGAGUCUUUCUUCUAUCCAUGUUAUCGGAGUUGUAGAGAGAGAGUAACGGAAUUAGUUGUUUUUUUUUUUUUUUUUUUUUGAAGGGGUGGAUUUGUUUUUUUUUAUAUGAUUAAACUUUGAAGUUAAUCUUAAGGGAAAAAAAAGGGGUUUGGAUUUUGAAGGCAGUAAUUAUCCUUGCAAGGGAUUUUGUCAAUCUUUAAAUGGAAAGGGUCUUUCUGUCAAUUCAGGUUAUUUAAAGUGGUAGGAUCCUCAUUUUAUCUGA